ACCCGUUACCCUGAGGCAUCAUUCUUCUCCAAACCGAGUCGUCGUCCUCGUCAAAGCAGCCUCCAAGCUGCCUCUCUCUCUCUCUCUCUCUCCGAUGGCUGGAGCCGCGAAGGCGGGCAAGGGGAAGAAGAAGGUGAUCAUCGACACCGACCCGGGAAUCGAUGACGCGAUGGCCAUCUUCGUGGCGCUGAGGUCGCCGGAGCUGGAGGUGCUGGGCCUCACCACCACCUUCGGGAACGUGCACACAGCCCUCGCCACGCGCAACGCGCUCCACCUGUUGGAGGCUGUUGGAAGGAUUGACAUCCCCGUGGCAGAAGGAUCCCAUGUAACAAUCAAGAAAGACACCAAGCUAAGGAUUGCAAGCUUCGUUCACGGUUCAGACGGUCUGGGAAACCAGAAUUUCCCUCCGCCAGCUACAAAGCCGGUAGAUCAAUCGGCUCCUGCCUUCCUGGUUGAGCAGGCAAAUCUGUACCCUGGGCAAGUUACAGUCGUCGCGCUCGGUCCGCUUACCAACCUUGCUCUGGCCAUUGAGCGUGACCCUUCGUUCCCAAGCAAGAUUGGGCAGAUUAUUAUUCUUGGUGGUGCAUAUUCAGUUAAUGGAAAUGUCAACCCUGCAGCUGAGGCAAAUAUAUUUGGGGAUCCUGAUGCAGCAGAUAUUGUUUUUACCUGCGGUGCUGAUAUUUUGGCCGUGGGACUAAAUGUAACGCACCAAGUAGUUCUUACCGACUCUGACCGGGAGAAGCUUCAACAGUCUGAUAGCAAAUACGCUCGCUACUUAUGCAAGAUAAUGGGAAUUUAUUUUGAUUUUCACAAGGAUUCUUACUUCAUACAAGGAGUGUAUCUUCAUGAUCCAACAGCGCUUCUUGCUGCAGUAAAUCCAUCGCUGAUGACUUACACAGAAGGUGUCGUGAGGGUGCAGACGGUUGGAAUCACAAGGGGCCUUACAGUUUUCGACAACAAGAAGAAAAGGUAUGCGGAGAUCACAUCCUGGAGCGAUAUGCCCACCGUGAAGGUUGCUGUCACCGUUGAUGCCCCCGCAGUCGUAGAGCUAAUGAUGCAGAGGCUGAUGACGGAUGAUUAGGGGCAGCAGACUAGGACCUCGACCGCUGGAUGAUAAUCAUUCUGUUUGCAAUUCAUCAGAGGGCGACCCGAGAACAGAAGUUGAUUCUGCAUCAUGCUGUGCUCGAAAGAAAGCACCUUGCACUUGCUACUAUCUGGGAUGAUGCGCCUUUGUUUUGUUGGAACAUUACAGUCUAAGAAAGAAAGAGAGGAAGUAGAUGUCCCUCAUAUGAAAUUCACGGUUUCGUAGAGCCAAUCUUGAUAUUUUUUAACCAUGCCUUCUAAAUUUCAGAUGCCUGUUAUUUUGGAGGCAAGCUCAGGCAGCUGCUCCCUAUUGCGGUUCCCGAUGGGGGUGGGGGUGGCUCUUUCUUCACCGGGCUUAGAAGAGGUCGGAGGAGGGAGGUUGGCUCGACGGAGGAGUCAGGCACAGGGGCAGAGUGGCGAGGCACUGUCCGCCAUGGGGUGGCGGAGGAUGGUCGGUGGGCCAGUGCAGGGCGAGGGAGGCAAGGACGGCAUGUUAGUGUGGCGGUGGACGGCGCUGAUGAAUCUGGUGGUGGGAGCGUCGCUGAAGAAGGGUGGAGGAGGGUGGCAGGAGGGGGCGAGCACGUGAGCUGCGGCGUGGGUGAGCCUGUGGGCAGAGGUGGGUAUGGCGCGACCGGGGAAGAUGUUAUGAGGAAGAGAGGGAGAGUGAGGGAUGGCUGAAGGAAGAAGAAAGAAUCUCGUACGUCCGAAUGAAUAUGAUGGCUGAGGACGUCGCCUGGCGAAAAUAUGUUAUUUUCGUAUGCAUGAACUAUAGCAUCACUCUUUUUUAACAUAUUAAUGUGGGAACUUUAGGAAAUCUAUAUUGCCCGUAGGGGUGAAAUGUGCCGGAUUUUUCUCGUCCGAACUGUUUUAGAUGCUAAUUACAUUUCGAAUAUUCAAAAGAAAUCUUGUAUGUUGGA